AUGAACAGCAUCAUCCGGCGUAUGAUGACCAAGUCAUUCGCAACCCAAGUCACCUACAACCCACUUUCAACAAUGAGCGUUCUCGAGCAAAAGCAACGACACUUCCUGUCAGCGACCAAAUACGCUGUAGUCGGCGCAGGCAACAACACCACUAAAUUUGGCUUCAAAGACUUGAAAUGGUUCCACGACCAUGGUAAAGACGUCGUGGCCGUGAAUAUAAAGCCAGAAAAGGUUCUAGAGCACAAAUGCUAUGAAUCUCUGGCACAACUCCCCGAUCCUACGCAGACUGCGGUCAUUAUAGUGAUCCCUCCCAAGGCAACCCUAGAUGUGUUGAAACAGGCUGAAGGGCUGGGUUUAUUCGCAUUCUGGUUACAGCCUGGCGCUGAGGACAACAAUGUCAUCAACUAUAUCGAAACCAAUCCUGCAUUGGACAACAUAUCACUGUACGACACCCCACAGUCACAGAGGACUGGCCCAGUUUGUAGCGGUAUAGUCGCCGUCGGUGACGCAAUUCUUGAUUCAUUGGAAAAAAAUCCAGUCAAGGUUGUCGUCCCUGAUGUUGAAGAUAGCAUCCCUUCUUCACCAGCCAGUGACACAUCCACAACGCCAACAUUGAUUGCAGACAAUGUUGUCGCCGGUGUCAAGCGGCUAGUCCAGUCAAGGACACCAACACCACAGCCCAGAAAGUCGCUGAAGCUGGAAACAAGCAAUUUCGAUAAAUCGGUGCACAUCAUCGACCUUGGUGAUGCGAUCCCCGGGCUAGCCUGA